CACACGCACGCGCACGCGCACACACUCACACCUCCGGUAACGGGAAGUGAUCAGCGGGUUUUCACAGUGUGCACGCGCCUCCGUGAUCAAUCAUCACACUGAUCGAUUAUUGAUGCCGCCGCUGCGCAGCCGCCCCGCGCGCCUCCAUCAUCACAUCCAUGUUGUUUUACCGGAGGAUCAGUCGGUAGGAGGCUAACGGCUAACCGAGCCGUUACCGUCACGAACCGGUCCGCACUGUGGAUGGCUGCCGGUCGGUGCUCCGCCGGGCGGCCCGGUUAGUGGAGCAGCAGCUAGCCCCGGUAACCCGGUGGUUCCGGUAACUCCCGGUAGCCCCGUUAGCCCCAUUAGCUCCUUUAGCUCCGUUAGCUCCGUUAGCCCCGGUAGCUCCGGUAGUUUCGGUAACUGUCGGGAUGAAUGAGGAACCGUCUCCGGACUUCGUGCUGAUGCGGCUCGUGUCCGCGGCGGAGUAUGACCGGCUGGAGGAACCGGAGGACCGGCUGAGCGGAGGCUUCGGGCCGGUGAAGGCCUCUCCGAGCCUCGGCUCGGCCUCCCCGCACUACAGCUCCCCGCUGCCCGGGAAGGGAGAGCUGGACGGCGGGCUGCUGCUGCCGGAGGCCCCGCUGGAGCCGCGGCCGCCCCCCCCACAGCACGGCCCCGGUCCGGGGGGGCCCGGGUCCAAAGCCCAGCUGAUGGUGCUUCAGAACUUGCUGCGGUCCGGAGACCGGAUCCUGGAGUGUGGGCUGGAGCCGCCCCCCCCAGGUGAGAGACCAGGACCGGGUCCCGGUAGCACAACAGACGGUCCUGGACCGGGAGGGGGGAAGGACCAGAACCCUCACUGUGCCCCCCCAGAGGAGACCCUGCAGCCGUCCCAGUGGCACCCGGUCGUCAGAGCCCAGAACCAUCCGGGUGUCCCAGAAUCUGAAUCUGGGUCGGUCCUGUGCCACCGACACCGGGUCACAGACCGGGUCCUCACUGACCGGGUGGCCCAGUGGCCCCCCGCCCUGCUGGACCAGGCCCUGCGUCUGGGUCUGCUGGAGCCCCGUAAGAACCGCUUGGCCGGGGGUGAGGACCCGGUCCUGGCUCUGGCUCGGCGUCUGGGCCAGCUGGGAGAGGGGGGCGGGGGGGAGGACCUGAUGGCCCCCCUCCCUCACUGCUCCUGUCACAGCGUCCUGGCCUCGGGGACGGGGGGCGAGGACGCCAGCGAGACCAGUGACGCCCUGCUGGUCCUUGAGGGGUUGGGGUCUGAGGAGGUGGGGGGGCUGGGGGAGGGGGGGGACCAUGAGAAAGGGGACAGGGGGGGCGGAGGGGGGUCCUGUGGAGGGGCAGGGACUCUGAGCGGUCUGAUGCGGCAGGUCCACAGACUGGCGGAGGAGGCGGGGGUCUGCACGGACCAGAGCUGCCGGUCCUCACUGGCGGUCCUGGGUGCCUCCGUGUCCCCCUCCCCAACCAGCAGCAGAACCCCUCCCCCGGUCCUCUAUCCCCCCGACGCCCCCCCGCCACACCAGUCCCGGUCCCAGCCGCAGAGCCGAGCCACCACCCCUAAACUCGGCGUGGCCUCGGGGGGGCGGUCGGCCUCGCCCCUGGUGGUCCUGGAGGGUGAGGUGGGGGGGGAGAAGACACCGCGGGGGAAGUCCAGGAAGGGGGGAUCCCUGAAGGUCCGACUCAGCAAGCUGUUCAGAACCAAGAGCUCCAGCGGGGGUCCGGGGGGGGGUCUGGACAAGCGGCCGUCCCUGAGCUCGUCCACCUCGUCUGGAGGAAGCCUGCUGGAUGUGUGGGGGUCCAGCUGCAGCAACACGGAGCCCGACAGCGCCAGGUUGCAGGUAUCCAGACCUCACAGUGCCUUCUCUCCGGUGCCGUUCACUCCUGCUUUCACCGAUGAUUUCGGUGGUCCUCCUCAGCAGCAGGGUCCCUUCCUGGAGCGCAGCGUGGGUGCGUCCAUGCAGUCUCUGCCCCCCCGCCCGCUGGCUCUGCCCCCCUCCCUCAGCACCAUCCAGCACAGCCUGAGCCUCAACGACACCUUCCUGCGAGGGUUGCCGAGGCCGAUCCCGCUGCGUCCUGACGGUCAGCACCUUCCCCCUCGACUCGUCCCCCGCUGCCCCCUCAGCCGCCCCGACGCCAACAGCUUCGCCACCAGCCUGAGAGAGCUGGAGAAGUGUGGCUGGUACUGGGGACCAAUGAACUGGGAGGAUGCAGAGAUGAAGCUGAAGGGGAAACCAGACGGAUCUUUUCUGGUUCGAGACAGUUCAGACCCGAGAUACAUCCUGAGUCUGAGCUUCAGAUCGCAGGGAGUCACACACCACACACGCAUGGAGCACUACAGAGGAACCUUCAGUCUCUGGUGUCAUCCCAAGUUUGAGGAUCGUUGUCACUCUGUGGUUGAGUUCAUAGAGAGAGCCAUCAUGCACUCCAAGAACGGGAAGUUCCUCUACUUCCUGCGCUCCAGAGUCCCCGGUCUUCCUCCGACUCCGGUCCAGCUCUUGUAUCCGGUCUCGAGGUUCAGCAGCGUUAAAUCUCUGCAGCAUCUCUGUCGCUUCUGCAUCCGACAGCUGGUCCGGAUAGACCACAUCCAGGAGCUGCCUCUGCCCACACCUCUGAUCUCGUAUCUGAGGAAGUUUUAUUACUAUGACCCUGAGGAGGAGAUCAGCCCGGUGCUGAAGGAGCGAGGAGCGGAGCGAGGGGCCGAGCCCAGCAGCCAACCGGGCGUCGAGUCUCAGACGUAGCAGCGGAGCCUCCGACCAUCACUUUUUUUUUCUUUCUCUUCUUCUGGACUCUGCAGCCAAUCAGCUUCCUCCGAGCGGGUUUCAGAUGAUCCACCCUCCUCCAGCGGGGCUCUCUGAUUGGCUCGACGUGUUUGGGGGGGAGGGGCAUGGGGAUGUGGAGACUCCGCCUCUCUUGUGAUGUCAUCGCUGAGCAGCUGGACUUUCAAAAAAAAUAAAAAUAUUAAAGCUGUAAAGACAAAAACAAAGAGCGUCGCCGCGGCAACCAGGAUCCUUUUAAACACACUGAACUCAAAGAUCCACACUUACUGACUUUUAGCUGUGGCGUCAUGUGACCAUCAACCGUCCAAUCAGAUCACAUCAUCCUUCAUUUGGCUUCCAAACAAACAAGCAGCUGAUGGAAGUGACUGAAAGCUCCGGCACGAUCAUCAUCAUCAUCAUCAUCAUCAUCACCAUCAUCACCAUCAUCACCA